UGGUGGCAUUCAAAGGAAGACCAGAGGAUGAAAAUCCUGUACUUUCUUUCUAUACUGCUUUGGCACUUCAGUUGGUUUUAUCUGGUUUUCAUUUCCUUAAUAUUGAAUCCUGCUGAAGCAAGUCAAGGUAACCUAGGGUUGAAAUUAGGAUUGUCUAAAGUAGAUGGAAAAGAGAGGCACCCGUUGCCAAGGACGGGCAUUUUUAGAACAGGGAGCCAUGAAUAUAAUGCUGGCAAUUCCAAGUCUAGAACAAGAAGCAAUAUUGCUCAAGCUGGAGGUGUCUUGGCAAAGACUGACAAUUCAAAGAAGACUCUGUCUAAAGCAAGGAAUACAGAAAAACAUGACGGACUUACUUCAAAUAGACAACAAGGAAUAAGGACGGUGACUCCAAAGGCUCAGAAUUUUGGCUCUAAAGCCCCAGUGAAAAAAUCUGGCACAGGAAAUUCAGAUAGUUCCUACAAAACCAAAACAAUCAAAGAACCUAUUACCCAAAGGGAAUCUAAAGAGGCAUUCAGACAUCCUGCUGUCACACCACAUGAAUAUAUGCUUGCCUUAUACCAAACUCUUUCUGAUGCAGAACGGAAAGAUAUAAAUGGAAGUCUAAAACUGGAGAUGGGACUUGCCAAUACAAUUACAAGCUUCCUAGACAAGGGACAAGAUGAUCAAGCUCCAAUUAAAAAGCAAAAAUACAUUUUUGACAUCAGCGCACUAGAGAAAGAUGGUUUACUAGGGGCAGAAUUGCGGAUUUUAAGAAAAAAAGCUGAUACCUGGAAACCUUAUUCUCCUGAGAAAACUUACCAAGUGAAGCUAUCCAGUUGCUCUACAAGCAGGCAAGCAUCCAUUGUCUUGGAGUCUCGAACAGUCAACAUCAUAGAUACAGCAAAAUGGGAAGUGUUUGACAUUUGGAAAGUGUUUAGGAACUUUAAAAACUUUAAUAACUUGUGUUUUGAACUGGAGGCUUUUGAAAAGGGGAAGCCUGUUGAUUUAAGGAUUGUGGGAUUUAAUAGAACAGGAAGGCAAGUCAAUGAAAAGGCUCUUUUUUUAGUAUUUGGUAGAACAAAGAAAAGAGACUUGUUUUUCAAUGAAAUAAAAGCCAGAUCUGGUCAAGAUGACAAAACUGUUUAUGAAUACCUAUUCAGUCAAAGAAGAAAGAGAAGGGCUCCUCUAGCAACUCGACAAGGAAAACGACCAAACAAAAAUUUGAAGGCAAAGUGUAGCAGAAAACUACUCCAUGUGAAUUUUAAGGAUAUGGGUUGGGAUGACUGGAUAAUAGCUCCUCUUGAAUAUGAAGCAUAUCAUUGUGAAGGACUUUGUGAAUUUCCUCUUCGGUCUCAUCUAGAACCCACCAAUCAUGCAGUUAUCCAAACAUUAAUGAACUCGAUGGAUCCAGAAUCAACACCUCCCACUUGUUGUGUUCCAACAAGGCUGAGCCCUAUUAGCAUUUUGUUUACUGAUUCAGCUAAUAAUGUAGUUUAUAAACAAUAUGAAGACAUGGUGGUAGAGUCAUGUGGCUGUAGAUAGUAGCACAAAUACAGUUCUUUUCUUUUAAAUAAAAGACAAAGUGUGAGCCUAUAGAUGAUCAGCAUAAUAAAAUCAUCCAAAACCUUCUAUACUGACAAUAGUGACAUUUUAAUAUUGGCAAGCUUUUUUUUAUUACAACUUCCACAAGGAUUCUAUCUUACUUUAUUACAAGUUGUAAUAAAGAAUUAGAUUUUUUUAAAGCAGCAAAUGUAGUGGCCUGGUGUCACAUGUUUAAAUUAUUCCUAUUUAUACUAGUUAUAUCUACAAUGUUACAAGGGCCACAUCUAGAGACACUUGCUACUGUCAAUAGAGCACACGGAUAUUUGUGGGAUGUAUGUCCUCAAACCAUCACAUUAAAUCAUAAGUCAGUUUGCUACCACCAGGGCAGUAGUUGCCACACUGUACUUUGAGGUCAGGUAUGAGUCACGUAUGUUUCUAAAUAGAAUAGAUUAAUAAAACAAACAACAUGAAAAAUGGACUGCAGUGUCAUCCUGUAAUUUGUCAUGUUUUAAUAUUUGUUACUCUCUAAAUCAGUGCUGGCCCAACACAUUUUGCUGUCUGAUGUACAGUACGAAAUAAUGUAACCACACUUUAAAAGUAUGCUCUGCAUCAUUUAGACUUCAGUUUUUGCCUUGAUUUAGCUCCCCUGAAGCAGGUUUCUUUACUGGAAAGUAGUAGCCAAUCUUCUUUAACCACUCAAAUACACUUCAGUGACACAAACAUUUUUAUCUGAUAAAUAUUUUUGACCCAGUAAAAACAUUAGCAAAUAGUGUUACAAUGGGCCUGUUUAUUUUCUUACACAUUUUAAGCUCAAUAAUAUUAAACUAUUUCACAGAUUAAUCUUCCAUGCCCAUUAUUGUCCAAUAUAUUUAUCUUGUAUUUGUUUGAAAAAAAACUUAUUUCUUUAAUUCUAUUAUAACCAAACAGUAUCUAAUAGUUUAAGAAACAUUUCAUAUAUUUAGAACUGUAUAUUUGCAACAAUUAUUUAAUAGAAUGCUGACUUGGUUUUAAACUGUACAUAUUAUAUGUGGAAUUAGAGAAUUGCAAGCAAAUAUGUUUAUUUCAGUGUAUAUUGUUUCCAUUUUAUCUUUUUAAAAUGUUGAUAUUUUUAGUGUUUGAACACUAGUGUUUUGUUGUUUUGCUUAUAAAUCAUGCUGCACUCUAGUGCUUAUAAUCUUAAACUGCAAUAAAUUAUUGGGUGUUAGAUAUCUAGAUAACAUAGUUACUAUAUA